CUGGCUGAUGUGUGACUAAAGCUGAUAAAUAUCGGCUUCAUUGAGGCAGGCUAGUAAAGAAGAGCAGCAAGGUUAUAAGGUCACUUCAGAGGACAAGUGCACGAAAGUGUUGGUAGCAGAGUUAGCUGUCUGAAAGAGAGAAGAGAUGCAGUCUGUGAUCAAACAAAACCUCCAUUCGGAGACUGAAGGAGACAUCAACAAGCUCAUCAACCUGAAGCUCAAUGCAUCCUACACCUACCUUUCUCUGGGGAUGUAUUUUGACAGGGAUGAUGUGGCCCUUCCAAAUUUCUCCAGCUUUUUCUUGGAGCGCUCGGUGAAAGAGAGGGAACAAGCUGAGAAGCUGCUGGAAUAUCAAAACAUGAGAGGAGGAAGAAUUCUGCUUCAGAAUAUCGCUAAACCAAGUAGGGAGGAUUGGAGAGGUGGUCUGGAUGCUAUGACUUUUUCCCUGGACUACCAGAAGUCCUUGAAUACAUGUGUCCUCGAUGUGCACCGCAAAGCUGGCAGCCACACCGACCCUCAUCUCUGUGACUUCCUGGAACAGCACUUCCUCAUCGACAGCCAUGAGACCAUCAAAAAGCUGGGUGACUACAUUGGCAGUCUCACCCGUCUCACCUCAUCUGAGACUCAGGGUCCCAUGGGAGAAUACCUGUUUGAUAAACACACUCUGUAAAAAGGUCACAGCAGCGCAGUGACAUAAGCUCCACAUUUCAAAAGCUAGAUAGAAACAAGAGGGGAAGGUCCCUCUUUUUUACUCCGUUAAGAAAAAAGUUUACCACAAACUUCCUUCUUGUAGCUGUGGCACAAGAGAAGUUCUCAGCAAAGUAACAAGAAAUACCUCAAUUUAUCUUACAAACCAUACUAGAAAAAUUUUCUCACUGAUAUGGUACUUAAAACUACCAUUUUCAUAAGCUGUUUCAAUGGGUCAGUUCAUUUGGAAUCAUCUGUAUCACUUGUCAUACAUUCCAGUCUGUCAGGUAUUGAUAUGUAAAAACAUCUUUUUAAAAUCAAUGCAAUUUUGAAUCAAACAAAAUAAUUUAAAUAAAGGGAUUGUCAUUUAAAGACUAAAUAAAUCAAAUUAUGCAAA